AUGGUGGCGCUCUGGUCCUUCUCCGACGGGCAUGGGGUUGGCCCCUCCCUAGGCUUGCCCGGCGACGGUGGCUUCGGCAUGGGUGGUGCAGGACCGAGAUCCCCCUCCUCUGCUGCGGCGGAGGAAUCUGGCAGUGGCGGCUUUGAUUUAGGGCCACGACAGCAGAGGCCGGCGGCGCACCUCUGGCAGCCAUGGGCUACGCACGGGCGGCACGAGCGUGAGGCGGCGACGCGCGGCGGCACGCGAGGCGGAGGUGCGAGGCAGCACACGCGCGAGGGUGGUGACCGCACGGGUGGCGUGCAGCGACUGCGUAGCGACGAUGCUGCGCGCGAGCAAGUAGGUGUGGCGGUGGACCAAGGUGUAGGCGGCGGUGGUGCGCCUCCCUGCUCCUGGGUUGAGGCGGCGGCGGUGCACAGUGGGGAGUAA